AUGUUUCGAUGGCUAAGAUCGCUGCGCGCCUGGGAUGCCGAGUCGGCGAAGCAGCAUAUAUUGAGUGGCAAUGCAAAACCGGGCAUGCGGGUCGUGGGAACCCUUGAUCUCUCGCGACAAACCGUGCUGCCGCUGCCGGAUGAUCUCCGUGUUGAGGAGCUUCAGCUCAACGAUUGUGUGCAAUUGCGGCGCUUGCCGCGAAGGCUUUUCUGCCUGAAUCUGAGCGUGCAACGCUCGGCGAUUGAAGCCAUGCCUGAGGAUUUGCAAUGCUUCGGGCUGCUCGACGCUCGCGACUGUCGAGCGCUGCGGGAGGUGGCCACGCUAACUGCCGAACGUAUUGAUUUGAGUGGCUGCGUGCGGCUGGAAUCAUUACCUGCCGGGCUGGAGGCGCGAAGUAUCGACCUCGGCGGAUGCUAUCGACUGCGGGAGUUGCCUGAGGGAUUUGGUGCGACGACCCGGGAGCUUUCGCUACGCGAUUGCACGUUGUUGGAUCACCUGCCUGAGGGGAUGCGCCAGUUGGUGAGUCUUGAUUUGCGAGGCUGCCGAAGUUUGACUGUGUUGCCGGAGGGGAUUCGCGUACGAUCGUGGAUCGAUGUGGCGAACACGGGGUUGACCGAUCUUCCGUGGUCGUUGCGUUCGGUACGAGUUCUUUGGAAUGGGGUUCAGAUUUCCGAUCGUGUUGCGUUCGACCCGGAGUCGAUCACGGUUGAAGAGAUCAUGCGCGAGCAGAAUACCUCGGUGCGGAGUGUGCUGCUGGAACGGGUGGGCGCCGAUUGGUUCGUGGACCAUGCCGAGGCCACUUUGAUCGACGAGGACGAAGACCCGGGAGGUCGCCGGCGAUUGCUGCGAGUGCCUUUCUUCGAGAAGGAAGAUUAUUUCUUCGUGGAGUUGCACUGCCCUUCGACGGGCCAUCGGUACAUGCUGCGAGUUCCGCCUGAUGUGAAGACCUGUCAACAGGCGGUGGCCUGGACUGCCGGGUAUUCAUCGCCGGAGGGAUCGAUGCCUUUACAUGAGAAGGACGCAGUGCGGGACAACUUGGCCGAUGACGUAUAUGCGUCUUCCGACCUUUCAGUGAGCAUGCCGAAGUACACGUUCCCGGAGGUGGAACGCGAGCCUCGCCAUGUUUAUUCGGUGGUGCACGAUGAGUUGAUGCUCGACGGCAACUCGCGGCAAAACCUGGCCACCUUCUGCCAAACGUGGCAGGAACCCGAGGUGCACCGGCUGAUGAACGAGUGCAUCGACAAGAACAUGGUCGACAAGGACGAGUAUCCUCAGACCGCGGAAAUUGAAGCCCGAUGCGUUCACAUGCUGGGCGAUUUGUGGAACUCGCCGACGGCGGCCAACACGGUGGGCUGUUCGACUACGGGCUCGAGCGAGGCGGCCAUGCUGGGCGGCAUGGCCAUGAAGCGGCGGUGGGAAGCGAAACGCAAAGCGGCCGGGAAGCCAAUCGACAAGCCGAACCUGAUCACUGGGCCGGUGCAGGUGUGCUGGCACAAGUUCGCGCGGUAUUGGGAUAUCGAACUACGCGAAAUCCCGAUGGAGAAGGAGCGGCUGCUAAUGACGCCGGCCGAGGUUCUCAAGCGGUGCGAUGAGAACACGAUUGGUGUGGUGCCAACGCUGGGGGUGACGUUCACUUGCCAGUAUGAGCCGGUGCAGGAUGUGGCCGAGGCACUCGACAAGCUGGAGAAGGACAAGGGCCUCGACAUUCCGAUUCACGUCGAUGGGGCCAGUGGAGGGUUCUUGGCGCCGUUCUGCGCGCCGGAGUUGGUGUGGGAUUUUCGACUGCCACGGGUGAAGUCUAUCAACAGCUCGGGGCACAAGUUUGGGCUCUCUCCCCUGGGGGUGGGCUGGGUGAUGUGGCGAGAACAGCAAGACCUGCCGGAAGAUCUCGUGUUCUGGGUAAACUACCUGGGCGGCAACAUGCGGGAUAUUGCGUUGAACUUUUCGCGUCCAGGCGGUCAGGUCGUGUGUCAGUACUACAACUUCCUGCGGCUGGGCAAAGAAGGCUACCGCAAGAUUCAUACGGCCUGUUACGAAACAGCCCAAUACAUUGCUGAAGAAGUCUCCAAGUUGGGUCACUUCGAUGUUAUCUACAACGGCGAUAUGAAGGCCGGCAUUCCUGCGUUGUGCUGGAAGAUGAAGGAAGCGAAAAAGGCCGAGUUCAACCUUUACGAUAUGGCCGACCGACUGCGGGCCCGAGGUUGGCAGGUUCCGGCCUACUCGUUGCCACCGAAUCGCGAGGACCUGGCCAUCCAGCGGAUCCUGGUUCGCCAUGGUGUGAGCCGGGAUAUCGGGUCGCUGCUGGUGGAAGAUAUGCAGAAGACGAUCGACUACUUCCACAAGCACCCGAUUCAAACCCCGCUGACGGCCGCCGAAGCAGCAAUCGGGCCUCCGCCGUUCAUCACGCGUCGUGUUCGGCGUGCGAAAGAUGGUUCGCAAACGGUCUGGAGUUCGCGACAUCAUCGUAAGGGCUUGAUUCCCCCGGAGGUGUUGCCAGCCAUCGCACUGCGCGAGACCUUGCUGCGUGGGCUAUAUGAUCCGCAAGAGUUGAAUUGGUGGAUUGGCGUCAUCUUCGCGAUCGGUGCCUCACUCUUCGCGGUGGGCAGUAUCUUCAGCUUGUGGCCCACCUUCACAGGCGAAAUCUUACUGAGUGCGUCCGCGAACAACGCCAUCUAUUUCGCCGGUUCGAUUCCGUUCACCACGGCCGCGUACUUGCAGUUGUUUCAAGCAGCGAACACCGUGGACGUUGAUGCAGAUGCUACCGCACGGCAGCAGAGGCUCCGGAUGAUUGGCUGGCGACCACACGACAUUGGGUGGCUGAGCUGCAUCAUGCAGUUUGUCGGCACCGUGUUGUUCAACUUCAACACGUUCGAUGCCAUGUUGCCGCAACUGACUUGGUUCGAACGCGACCUGGCGAUCUGGGUGCCUGAUUUUGUCGGAUCGGUGUUGUUCCUGGCAUCCGGCUACCUGGCGUUCAUCGAGACCUGCCAUGCCUACUGGGGAUGGCGGCCGAAGACGUUCUCUUGGUGGGUGGUGUUCAUGAACCUGCUGGGGUGCGUUGGGUUCAUGACGUCGGCGGUGUUUGCCGUAUAUCUGCCGGGACCACCGCAUGAGAUAAUGGCGACCCUGGCCGUGGCGUUAACGUUGUUGGGUGCGUUGGGGUUUUUGUUUGGGUCGUUACUGAUGUUGCCGGAACAGUCGGUGGUGGCGAAGGGGUGUGUUAUGAAGGUCUUUACGCAUGUGAGCGAGGAGACCGAGAUGACGACGAAGCGACGUAAGCGGCAUACGCCGGAGCAGAUUGUUCGUAAGUUGCGAGACGCGGACGCGAUGCUCAAUGCUGGGAAGGACCAGGCUGCUGUAUUGCAGGCCCUGGAAGUGAGCGAAGCCACGUAUCUGCGUUGGCGAAACCAGUACGGUGGGAUGAAGGCCGAGGAGGCGAAGCGGCUGAAGCAACUGGAAGACGAGAACAGGCGGCUGAAGGAGUUAGUGGCCGAGAAAGAACUCGACAUCAAGAUGCUGAAGCAUAUCGCGGUGUUCGCAGUUUCCGAGCGAAGGGCGUGUCAGGUGACUGAUCAGCCACGCAGCUCUCAGCGUUACCAGCCGCAGUCUCGUGAUGACGAAGCGGCUUUGGUGAAGCGGAUGCGUGAACUGGCCGCCGCUCGACCGCGUUUCGGUUAUCGUCGGAUUGCCGUGCUAUUGCGUCGCGAAGACUGGGAGGCCAGCAACACGCGGGUGCUGCGGCUAUGGCGUCGCGAAGGGCUGAAAGUGCCACAGAAACGCCGUAAGAAACGCUACUUGGGCGACAGCAGCCAAGCCUGUCACAUUCAGCGAGCCGAACAUAAAGACCACGUGUGGUGUUGGGACUUUGUGUUCGAUCGCACGGAGGCCGGCAGCCCGUUGAAGUGGCUAUCGAUCGUCGACGAGUACACGCGGGAGUGUUUGGCUUUGAAAGUCGACCGCAGCAUCACCAGCGAAGAUGUGAUCGACUCGUUGGCCGAGCUGUUCGCGAUGCGGGGCGUGCCCGGUGCGAUUCGCUCGGACAACGGCCCGGAGUUUGUAGCUGGUGCAAUCCGGCGAUGGCUAAAGCAAGUCGAUGUCGAAACGCACUACGUCGCGCCGGGCAGUCCAUGGGAGAAUGGUUACGCGGAGAGCUUUCACAGUCGGCUUCGCGAUGAGUUCUUGGAGAUGGAAAUGUUCGAGAGUUUGGCCGCGGCACGGAAGCUGACCACGGCCUGGAGAAAGGAUUACAACGACGUGAGGCCGCACAGUUCGCUGGGGUAUGCCACCCCGUCCGAAUUCGCGACCCGCUGUGCUGCUUCCGUUCCGAAGUCGAUUUCGGCUACGCCUCAAUCAACUUCUCCACUCCAGCAGCACAGCGAAAUACCCCAACCCACACCUUCAUAG